ACUGAUGCAGAGACGGGGGAGUGUUGCCAUGAACUGACUGGAAACUCUGUGUGUGUAUCCGUGAGUGCAAGAUACUUAGGGAAAGCGAAGAAGAGCAUGCUGCUACACACCACCCUGGUUUAUGCUUCCAGCUAACAGCGGUUUGUCUGUGUUUCUGGACUGAAGUGACUGAUGAAAAACAGUAGUCAAGUCUGGAGGGUGAUUCCCUUUCAGUUCACUUGCCUUUCAGUUCUGGGGAAAUUAGAAGAUUUGCUUUCUCUCUCUGCUUCUUAGAAUGGGCUGCAAUUUGUGCACUUUUCAGAAAAGAGAGGAACACUACAAACUGCUGUAUGAAGUUUCCCAGGUCAAUGGGAAGGAUCUCUCAAAGGCCACCCAUGAAGAGGCUGUGGAAGCUUUUCGAAAUGCCAAGGAGCCCAUUGUGGUGCAGGUGUUAAGGCGAACGCCUCUCAGUAGACCAGCCUAUGGGCCGACUCCAGACGUGCAGCUCAUGAAUGCCAGCACUCAGACGGACAUCACCUUUGAACACAUCAUGGCCCUAGCCAAGCUUCGACCGCCUACCCCUCCGGUGCCAGACAUCUGUCCAUUUCUGCUCUCAGACAGCUGCCAUUCUCUUCAUCCGAUGGAGCAUGAAUUUUAUGAGGACAAUGAGUAUAUUUCCAGCUUGCCUGCUGAUGCAGACAGAACAGAGGACUUUGAAUAUGAGGAGGUCGAGUUGUGUCGUGUUAGCAGUCAAGAGAAGUUGGGCCUGACAGUCUGUUACCGAACAGAUGAUGAAGAAGACACUGGCAUAUAUGUCAGCGAAGUAGAUCCAAAUAGCAUCGCUGCCAAAGAUGGCCGAAUUCGAGAAGGGGAUCGUAUUUUGCAAAUAAAUGGAGAAGAUGUCCAGAAUCGAGAAGAAGCAGUGGCCUUGCUGUCUAGUGAUGAGUGCAAGAGAAUCGUGCUGCUUGUCGCAAGGCCAGAGAUUCAGCUGGAUGAAGGCUGGCUGGAAGAUGAAAGGAAUGAAUUCUUAGAGGAGUUAAACUUGGAGAUGUUGGAAGAACAGCAUAAUGAAGCCAUGCAGCACACUGCCAAUGAGGUGGAGCAGCCAAAAAAGCAAGAAGAAGAAGAAGGCACAACGGACACUGCAACAUCCUCAUCUAACAACCACGAGAAAGACAGUGGAGUGGGGCGCACAGAUGAAAGCUUGCGAAAUGAUGAGAGCUCAGAGCAGGAGAAUGCAGCAGAGGACCCCAACAGCACAUCUUUGAAGAGCAAGAGAGAGCUGGGACAGAGCCAAGACACUCUAGGAAGCGUUGAGCUCCAGUUCAAUGAGAGCUUCGUGUCUGGAGAAUACAUUGACUCAGACUGCACUGGCAACCAAGAUGAGGAGUGUGAACGAUUCCGGCAGCUCUUGGAGCUCAAAUGCAAGAUUCGAAACCAUGGAGAGUAUGACCUGUAUUACUCGAGCAGCACAAUCGGGUGCAAUCAAGGAGAGCAGGAGGGAGUGGAACAUGAGCUACAGCUGCUUAACGAAGAGCUGCGAAACAUCGAGCUCGAGUGCCAGAAUAUCAUGCAGGCUCACAGGCUCCAGAAAGUGUCAGAUCAGUAUGGAGACAUCUGGGCAUUGCAUGACGGAGGCUUCCGGAAUUAUAGCACCAGUGUGGAUAUGCAAAGGGGAAAACUAGAUGACAUCAUGGAACAUCCAGAAAAGUCCGACAAGGACAGUUCUAGUGCUUACAACACGGCUGAGAGCUGCAGAAGUACUCCACUCACUGUAGACCGCUCUCCCGACAGCUCCCUGCCAAGAGUGAUCAACCUCACCAAUAAGAAAAACCUGAGAAGCACAAUGGCAGCCAAUCAGUCCUCCUCUGGACAGAGCAGUAAAGAGUCAACCUCCACCAAAGCCAAAACCACUGAACAAGGUUGCAGCCUUGAAAACAAGGAGAAGAUUCUAGAAAGCAGCAAGCUUCCCGGUUCAGAGAAGACAGUCAGUGAACACAUCCCUUACCUCUCUCCUUACCACAGCUCUUCCUAUAGAUAUGCAAACAUCCCAGCACACGCCCGGCACUAUCAAAGCUACAUGCAGUUGAUUCAACAGAAAUCUGCAGUUGAGUAUGCUCAGAGUCAGCUCAGUUUGGUGAGCAUGUGCAAGGAGUCUCAGAAGUGUUCAGAGCCCAAGAUGGAAUGGAAGGUGAAAAUCAGGAGCGAUGGGACACGGUACAUCACAAAGCGACCAGUGCGAGACCGAAUUCUGAAGGAGCGUGCCUUAAAGAUCAAGGAGGAGCGGAGUGGCAUGACCACAGACGAUGACACCAUGAGCGAGAUGAAGAUGGGGCGCUACUGGAGCAAAGAGGAGAGAAAGCAACACCUGGUUCGAGCCAAAGAGCAGCGUCGGCGUCGGGAGUUCAUGAUGCGGAGCCGGUUGGAGUGUCUCAAGGAGAGCCCGCAGAGCGGCAGCGAGGGCAAGAAGGAGAUCAACAUCAUUGAACUGAGUCACAAAAAGAUGAUGAAAAAGAGAAACAAGAAAAUUUUGGACAACUGGAUGACAAUCCAAGAACUGAUGACCCACGGGGCCAAGUCUCCUGAUGGCACGAGAGUCCAUAAUGCCUUCUUGUCAGUCACUACCGUAUGACCGAGUGAAUGGAGUACGACUGAUUUCAAGAGGUUGCUACCAGUUUCGGUAGAGUAUGAUUGCCUCGUUCAAUGUGGCGUUUUUAUAUAUAUUUUGUGACUCUUUAUAGUUUAAAUUUUUUGUAAGCAAAAAUACCUGGUAAUUUUUCAUUUGUUUUUCAUAUACUGGUACCUUCUUUUUGGCUGAGAUCUUUCUUUAACUUGUGAUAUAUUCAGAUUACUCAUUUAUAUAUAAAACAAAGGAAAGAAAACAAAAAAAAACUUGCACAAAAAUACUGAGGAGCCAAUUAAUUUGCUACUUUAAUGUAUCUAUUGUAAGUUAAAAUCUGUUUAUUUCUCUAGUUUACUUCUUUUCUACUUUAAUAACAACUCAAUGCCAAAACAUUUCUAUGCUUGCUUCUUGGCAUAAUACAUUUUAAAUCAAACAUGUUAAUAACAAAUCACAUGCCACAUCUUGUCUUACACAUAAAAUCCACCUCUUUUAACAUCCUGUUGUACAUUUAACACAUAAGUGGCCGUUGUCUUUGUCUCAGUAAAGUGUAGGUGGACAAUCUUCCUGUGAUAUGUAGUGACAUUGGUCAUGUAGCUAGAUAUUUGUGGUAAUUGUGACAAUAAAAGAGAAAUAAAUUAUUGAUUAUCCUUAAGAAAA